GGCUGAAGCCGCGCGGGGGAAAUGGCCGCAGCCGCCGCUCCCUCCCUCAGCGCCAUCGCCAACGACAGCCAGAGCCAGCCGGCGACCGCCAAGAGCUGCCGCUCGGAAGCCAAGUGCGGCGGCCGCUCCCAGGCCGGCAGACAGCAGCAGCUGCAGCAGCUCCGGCGGCGAGAGGAGGAGGAGAGCGAGCCCGAGGCCGGCAGCGGCCCGCAAGCCUCAGCCAUCCCCCCGAGCGGACACAGCAGCGGCAGCCGGGCCCCGGCGGGACAGGGCUCCGGAGCGGCCCGCAGCCUCCAGCCACAACAGCAGGCGGCCAGGAGCGGGCUGAGGGGCGGCCAGCAGCAGCGGGGCCGGGAGGAGGCGGCGGCGGCUCCGGCCGCAGGCAACAGGAGGCAGAGUUUGGAGAACUCGUCAGACGGGGAACCGCUGAGCCGCAUGGACUCGGAGGACAGUAUCAGCAGCACCUUAAUGGAUAUGGACAGUACCAUCUCCAGUGGACGCUCUACACCUGCGCUGAUAAAUGGUCACGGAAGUACUACUUCUUCAGGAAAGAAUAUCACUUACAACUGCUGCUGGGACCAAUGUCAUACCAGUUUCAGCUCCAGUCCAGAUUUGGCAGAUCACAUCCGUUCAAUACAUGUGGAUGGGCAACGUGGAGGGGUGUUUGUCUGUCUGUGGAAAGGGUGCAAAGUAUACAACACACCAUCUACUAGUCAAAGCUGGCUGCAGAGGCACAUGCUUACACACAGUGGAGACAAACCCUUUAAGUGUGUUGUUGGUGGGUGUACUGCUAGCUUUGCAUCGCAAGGUGGCCUUGCUCGUCAUGUACCUACACACUUCAGCCAACAGAACUCUGCAAAAGUCACUAGUCAGCCGAAGGUUAAGGAGGAGUCACCUUCUAAAGCAGUUAUGAACAAGCGAAGGAGGCUAAAGAAUAAACGACGACGCUCACUACCAAGACCACAUGAUUUUUUUGAUGCGCAAACAAUGGAUGCCAUAAGACAUCGUGCCAUCUGCUUUAACCUGUCGACCCACAUUGAAAGUCAUGGAAAUGGGCAUAGUGUUGUGUUCCAUAGCACAGUAAUAGCACGAAGGAGGGAAGAUUCUGGGAAGGUGAAAGUGCUGCUUCACUGGACACCAGAAGACAUUCUGCCUGAUGUGUGGGUGAAUGAAAACGACAGAUCCCAACUGAGGACGAAAGCAGUUCAUUUGUCUAAACUACCACAAGACGCUGCUUUGCUCCUUGACCCAAACAUAUACCGGCCGACUGGCUCCUUACAACAUUAUGAACAUGGCUCCAUGGUUGACACAUGACAACUAAACUUCACUUAAGUCUAGAAGAAUCAGCACAGGACAAUGCCACAGAAAAGGCUGAAAAGGAGGUAAGGUCCAAUCCGGGAACCAGAAUGGUGUCAAAUUUAGCCACCAUGACUGGAAUAGAAUAUUGCACAUUAGAAUCACUUUUUUUCUCCCAGUCCUAGCUGAUUAUUUGUACUAAAAGCAGACUUUGGGAGAAUGGAUCUGAAGCUUCAGUUGGAUUCACACUCCACCUCUUCGAGAUGAGACGGUACAAUGGGAAAAGCUCUACAGGGAAUGUUCGGCAUCUAACAUGGGGGAAAGUGCAAUGAGAAACUUCCUCCUUGGGACUUGUUUGCUUGCUGCUUCAGGCUGUGCCCCUUCCUAAUCUAAAUCAAGAUUUCAAAUUUCACAAAUGUUUUAAAAAGAAACAAAAAAAAAAAUCUAAACUGUCUAACUCCUGAUUGGAGUGCAGACAUUUUUUAUUAUUUUCUCCUGGUUGCUACAUAUGGCAUAACAACCUCAGUUUAACUAGAUACAUUGUAAUGGUUUUUCUUUAAUCUGUAUCUUUUCUUUCCAAAUAUCUUUACAGUAAAAAUUCACGAAUUAAGUUUUGUGAACUUUAAACAUGACUUCAGUGUUUAAUAUAAAACUGAUCCAAAAUGUUGAAAAUUAAUUAAUUUCUGCUGCCACUGUAGGAUGUUGAUCUUUUGGGGGAAUAAAAGCUGGAAAGUUUUAUUUCGAUGCACCAAAGCUUGCUGCAUAGAAGACCUUAGAGACGAGAUUAACCAAGUGAUCGCAUUGUUGAUAAUCUUCAUGCUCGCGUGUAUAUCACGUGAAAGAGAGCCUGUAUUUUUACUUGUACGAAGAUGGGGAAAA